CACACACACUUUUACUGACUCUAAAACACACACACACACAGGCACACACACACACACUCAUACAAACAAAGACAAGUGGCCUAUUGUACACACAAACACAAUUACACUCACACUUAGCUGGACUCUGGACUGACCUCUCGAGGAUACAUCCCUCAGGACUCUGUUUCCCAUCAUGCACCAGCGGAGCCUCUCAGAGCUCCAGGGGGUCUCCACCCAGCAGGGGGUCUCCACCCGAAGGACUACCCAGGAUCGAGCCUUGUGGAGCUCCAGGCUGAGGAGGGAGGCCGGUCGCCGGUGCCUCUGCCCGCCGAGGGGAGCCCCUCUCUGGGCAUGGCUCCUGCUGGGGGCCCUGGUGGUUCCUGGAGCCUGGAGCUUUCUGAGCGAGGAGCAGGAGGAGCUGCUGGUGGAGCUUCAUAACCACUACAGAGGACAGGUCUCACCCAGCGCCUCAGCCAUGCUGCCUCUGAAAUGGGACACGAGCCUGAAAGUGAUUGCAGAGGGUUACGCUGCUAAAUGCGUCUGGAACCACAACCCAGAACUGGAGGACACUGGAGAGAAUCUGUUCGCCGGCACCGGGCCUCUGAACAUCACAGUGGCUCUGGAGAAAUGGUUUCUGGAACGUCUGGACUAUAAUUACCAGAACAACAGCUGUGAAGAAGACAAGAUGUGUGGACACUACACACAGAUGGUGUGGGCAGAUACACACAGAGUUGGCUGUGCCUUCCAUCUCUGUAACAGCAUGGAGGGUCUGGAGUGGGAGAGAGUCUCCUUCCUCGUCUGCAACUACUUCCCAGCGGGGAACUAUGAAGACGAGAGGCCAUUUGAGGAAGGUGACUGGUGCUCCAGAUGUCCUGAAAACCUCCAGAAAUGUGAAAACAACCUCUGUGUUGCUGAGGAGGAAGAGGAGUCGUCGGAGGAGGAGGAGGAGGAGGAGGAGGAGGAUGAUAACGAGGAGGCAGUUGUUACUCUUGCAACAAUCCUAAUCCCCCUCCUCCUGCCUGAAGAGGAGGAAGAGGAGGAGAUUGUCGUUCCUCCUCCUGCAACCACUGACUCUGAUGUCCAGCCGGCCACAACCACCACUGCUCCCAGUAUCAUCACCACCCCCUCCUCCGCCCAGGACUCUGAGGAGGCCCAGCUACCAGACAGCUUCGCCCCUGCAGAGGUCCCCUCAACACCACAGGGUGAGGAGGAUGUGGUUGAAGAAAAGAUGGAGGAGGAGGACAAGAAGGAGGAGAAAGAGAUGAAGGAGGAGAAAGAGAUGAAGGAGGAGAAAGAGAUGAAGGAGGAGAAAGAGACGAAGGAGGACAAGAAGAAGGAGGACGAGAAAAGAAAGGAAAGUACAGAUAAGACGGAGGAAAAGGGAGAGAGAGACGUAACACGCAACAUACAUGUGAAGACAUAUGUUAUUACCACCAGUGCUGGUUCAGUAUCCUCCUCUUCUCUCCUGCUGGCCUGUCUGACUGCCAUCCUGACUCUCAGGCUGUGAGGAGGAGGAGGAGGAGGAGGAGUACCGCACAUGACCUUGUUAACCCGCCCCGUGGUAACCCCCCACCCCCCACCCCCCACCCCUGCAGAUUAAUAUGGGUCAAUUAAUAAUUCACACUCAUCAGAAAACAGCUGCAACGUUUGCAACAUCUGCACGUAGUCCGGGCCGAUAUCUGGGUCACAUAACGUCUGCGUAACCUGCAUGGAAUACAAAAAUAUUACUUCCAGUCACUGAUGUGAACUAUACAUGUUCAUGAAAAGGAAACAUUCACAGCUUCAGUUCGGAGGAUCUUCUGACGGUGAUCUGAGAGGAGAGAUGAGGGUUAACGAGGUGAAGCUGUGAUUUUGAUCCUUUCCAUCAGAACCGAUCACAGACAGCAGCCUUUAAAUCAUCAGUGCUUAUUCACCUCCUAGUUUGGCCUGAGAAAGACUUUAACGCUCUGCGGGACAAAAAAUGUACAAGACUGAGAAAACCUGAGAAACCAUUUUGGUCAAUCAGCCAGUGAGAAACUUUGAGUUGAAUGAACGAGGCACCAUCUUGGAUCAUAGAGAACAACCACCAGUCACCAGAAGAACAUGUUGGCAUUGUACGUUUCUAUAAACAACAAUACAUUUGUAGGUUUCACAUCUAUCACACGUUUCUAAUGUGACGUAAUGUAUGAGCUGACUGUGUCAUCGGGGAGGGGAGGGGAUGGUGAAUUGCGUGACACUCGGGUGAGAUGCCUGGGUUGUGUUUCUCAAAUCACUCUUGUGUUUCCAGCAGAGGCUCCGCCCCCAAAAAGAAUAUUUUAAACCAAAACAUUUUUUUCCCCACACUAUAACCAAGCAGCCCAUUUUCAUUUCGAACUUCAAAUGCCGCAGUAUGACACACUGCCAGGCAGCAUCAGUUUGUCACGCAGCCUGACAGAGCCUGUCUUGGUGGUAUGAUAUGCCGCUGGUCAGCCGGACGGCACCUGUCACAGCAGUAUGAUGAGCAGACAGGAGGCGUCAGUUUAAAACACAGCCAGGAACAAUGUAAUAUAAGGAGCUGGCGGGCAGCAGGAGGGGUGGGUCCAACAAACCCUGGACUUUCACCCGGGAGGCCGAUGUUUGUGACCCGUGUGAUUGUAGAGCCAAACCAUGAAGUUUGUUUUUCCAAACCGAACCCCAUGUUUGUGUUGCACAAAGAAAUAAAUACCAACGUAAGUUUAUUUUGAAAGGGUCAUCAUCUAAUGAGCAGAAACUGUAACCUGGAAAUCCUGAUGCCCCGCCCCCAGCAAAUUCAAAUGUGCACUGCACGGGGAUCUGGCCCCGACAAGCAGAGCCCGCUGAAUCGCCAUCGGACCAAUCAGAUCAGUCUAUCUGACAGAGACGGGCUCUGGGCGGGCGUAACAUGAUGAUGACAGCGCUGCGCCGCAGGAGUCGUAAAGUAAACAGCCAAGAUGGCAGCUGACCGCGUCCAUUCAAUUUAGCUUUGGAAGAAACGCUAAGCCAACUACACUUAUCUUUUUCCAUGAGAGAGGAACAGAAGACUGCCCUAGAAGCCUUCGCUUCCAGGAAGGACGUUUUUGACGUUUUGCCGACAAGAUACGGCAAAAGCAGAAUCAGUUAGCCCCACUGGUCGGCAAACAAAUGGGGCUUAGUGCAAUGAAUACGUCACCUUGUUUUUUGCUCUGAUUGGCCAUCGUGUUAUCCAGUUGAGUGUGGCGGCAUUUAAUAUGCCUCAGUUAGUGCCACCCCUUGGGUAGGGAGGGUGUAUCGGUGAGGGCCAGACUCUAAAUCUUUCUAGAUUUGAGUCUGGAUUUCCAGGCUACAGAAACUGUAGAUUUCCUGUGGUUUUGGAGACGUAUUUAGAAAAGACACAAUGCACUGAACAGGUGUAAAUUGACACAACGUCCCUGAACGUCAACAACAAAUGCAAUCUAGUGCAUAACAUGUAGACGUAAACAGCACUGACAAAGCAGCGAUAUUCAACAAGUUAGGAUGAGAACGUGUUGAACCAAGUGGGGGUUUUAGCCUAACGCUGACCACGUGUUAACCACAGUUUUACAGCCGCCAGGGCUGAAAAAUGAAGCCAACAAUAAAAAGGCUAAUUUCAGGUGACUGAAUUUUUAUAUAACUCACCGGCUUACAUUUUAUUAAGGCCUAAAGUUCUGCAUGAUUAGGGGCGUGGCCACUUUGAGUGACAGGCUGUCUGCUGACAUUGUCCUCGGCUUUUCAGUCAGAUCCACCUCUCAACUAAAUAUGGUCACUUAUGGCUCCAAAAUUCAAGAUGGCGACGGCUGAAAUGGUGACUUUGAGGCUUCAGAACAUGAGUCUGUAAACAAAUUGGUCACGUCACAGUUGCUACGUCCAUUAUUUUUACAGUCUAUGAUAAUAAUAUAACAUAUCCAUGGUUUCCACAAACUUACAAUGCCAACAUCUUUUUCUGACAGUUAGGUUGGAGCCACAUCCGACUGGAUUCAGAGCUCUGGAGCCAGGCUAACUGUUUCCCCUUGUUUCCACUCUUUGUGCUAGGCUAGGCUAAUGAUAUGCACAUCGUACCUUGAACUGUAAGCAUGUAUAAAUUCUCUCAUCUGCUUCAACUCUUUGUGAAACCUCGGACAGGUUAAUUUCCCCAAACUCCUUAAAGUAUUCCUUUAAUGUGAGAGCAACAUUUAGAUCUUCAGGCCUGAAGCUCAGAGUCAGUUCAUCUCUUUUACCUGAAGGGGUUAAAGUUUAUCAUGAAGUGAUGCUGUUUUGUUGUGACACCAUCACAAAAUGACUAAUACAAUACUGAAGCAGUCUGAUAACUCAUGAAGCUUUACCGGCACAGAUGUGCUCAGUUACAGACGCAGGACGCUAAAAAAACCAAACGUCUGUUUGCUUCGUGACAUUAAAACGUUUAAUUUGCUGUUUCUCUGUAAACAUACUGAAUUAUGGGUGAUCUCAGAAACACAUAACCAAAAAAACCAAAAAACCAAAAACAGUUGAAGUGCUGUAAAGAGAGGUUACUCACAUGAUGUCAGACCGCCUCCUCGCGUUUCUGUCUGCAGGGUGACCCACGGCGGUCUCCUUAACCCUACAGUAUCAUCUCAUGUGGAAGGACCUCUGUAAAGAUCAAGUUAAAGCAACAGUUUAUUGUGUGUUUAGUGUUUAGUGAAUGCAGGAGAAACCAUUGCUGAACUGUGUUUGUUGUGUUUCAUACUGACGACCCUGCUUCUUCUUCACUAUAUAUAUCUACUGUACAUCAUUUACUCUCUCAGACUGGAGCUACACCUGGACACAGUCUCUAAUAACUGACGUGAUCUCUGUUACACUGUCGUAGACAACAGGAAGUUACCAUAACCACCGUCAAUAACUUUAGCAACGAUUGCUGUAAAUGUCUGUAU